AUGCACUGCGAGGCUCAAGGGAUUCUUCUUCAGACGCUUAUCCACGAUUACUUUGAGAUCGUUGGGAAAAUUGAUGACACUAAGAGUCGUCUCAAAAACAAGAUGACUGAAAUCGGCUUUGAAAAUGCUUCGUACGUAGAUGGGCCCCCUAGUCCAAGAAUCGUCCGUUUUGUGGCUCCAGAUUGUGCUGAAGAACUGGAGGAGCAAAAUGAAACGAUAAAAGCAAUAGAAGACAUAGAAGACAAAAUCGACGAGGUUAAUUUUCUUCACAACGUCAUAAAUCUCACCGUUCAUGGGCAGGGUGAAACUCUUGACAGAAUCGAGCAAUAUGCUGAAGAAGGAGCAUCGCAGCUGGAAAAGGGAGUGAAGAAAACCGCUAAAGCAGCGAGGCAGAAAAAAUACUGCAGGAUUCUGAAAAUUGCUCUCUUCAUUGUCUUGGCACCACUUUUGAAUAUUGCUCACGCUACUGGACACAAUGGGUGUGCACAAUCAACAAUUAUCGGGCACAACCAGGAAUGUAACGUCAAAUGCGCAAGUGGUUACGAAUUGAACAGUCAGGACUGGGCCCUACCCGCCAAAUGCAAGGUUCUUGACGGCGUGGAUCCCUACUGGACCUUUUCGGGGAAGUAUGGAAGUGGCGAGUCAAACAAAGUCGCUGAAUUCGGUUGCUGCCUCAAGCAUUCUUUGAAAGUCGGACACACGCUCAAGGCUUGGAAUUUAAAUAGAAACUUUGGCACACCCUAUGCCGAGGCAGAUGCUAACUUUGCUUUGUUCAACAUGUUCGUAAAGAACAACUCCAAAUGGUCCACUGCAGCGACAAAUGGGUACUCUUUCUUACUCGUAUUCCCAAACAUUUUGCCGGCUGAUGUCACCGUAAAGACUUUUGCUCGGCUAGAAGUCACUGACGUCUACAGAGAUCCUCGAAGCGCGAAAACCCUCGUCAGGUUGAACUCUAAGCCUGGAUUUGAGUCCUUUCCACUUGAUUCGAAAAUUGCACUUAUGUUCGCGCUUGAAUCGGCUCCUGGAGGAACGAAUAUCAAAGACUACGCAGAUAAUAAUGCUAUCUCAGUGAAGUUUUACCAUGAACGGCACCCGUGCUUUUGCGCAGGCAAUACUGACUUGUGCAGUUAUCUCGUGCCACCACCGACAAAAUUCGCAAGUUUCAACAUUCAGGUCUUCGGAACGACAAAAUACGGCAAGACAGAAGUGAAGGAUCAAAUCGUUCAGAUAUUGAACAGAUACGACAUUGCUACAACUCAGGAAAUCCGCGAUAGUAGUGAGACCGCGUUCCCCAGCCUUGUCGGAGACAUCAACGCUGUGAACGACAUCUAUGACUGGUGGACUGGGGCUCGCCAAGGAACCACAAGCAGCAAAGAACAAGUCGGCUUUAUCUGGGAUCGAAACGAUUUCUCCAAGGUCGAUGGUUACGAUUUCGACGACUCUUCAACCCUCUGGUUCGAGCGACCACCAACUGUGCUUGUUCUCGAGCGAGUAAGCGUUAAUUAUGAGCAAUUUCAAACUCAAAAACUGGGAAUCAUUUCCGGCCAUCUGAAGCCGGUCACUGGAGUCAGUGACAUGGUUACUGAAGACGAAAUCAACCACUUGCAAGAUGUCUACAACGAUCUCCUUGUUAAACACCCAGACAUCAACGACGUUUUAAUUGUUGGUGACUUCAACGCUGACUGCAACUAUGUUGCGAAUCCCGAAAGUCUCACUCUCUACACAGAACCUUCCAAUGACUGGCUCAUCCCCUUUGAAGCUGACACUACAGUAUCCCCCACCGACUGCGCGUACGAUCACAUCGUCCUUUAUGGAAACAUCCGAAACAAUGUCGUCAGCUCCGGCGUUUUCGACUACCAGACAUACUACGACACCGACCAGAUUUUCUAUAACGGAGACCCAAUUACCGACCUAAUCUCCGAUCACUUCCCUGUAGAGUUUGAGUUUUUCUAA